AUGACCUCUGAUACAAGUCUUAACCAAACAGUCCCUGGGCCCAACCAAGUCUCACCCGAAUUGGAAAAAACCUCUCGAACCAUCCCUGACUCCACCCCACCACCUGACCCCAAUUUGUACAAAAUGUCUUUCCCAUCUCCCAAACCGACUCAACCAUCCCCCACACUCCAACCCUUGGAUUCAACAAUCUCCUCUGGCGAGCCACUCCUUGCGUCUGAAAUUCAAGAAAUCAGUGAAGAAGAAUUCUUGAAUAACGUUGGAAAGAUCCAAGAGCUUGCCAAAACUUGCUCUCAAUUACGAAUCCCCAAGUCAAUUCGUAAGGACGUUGAGGGUAUCAUAUCUCGUCUCGACACCAUCUGCAAAGCUAUGCCAGCUCUUUCUUCAAAGUUUUGGUUUCAAAUCACUGAGAUUAUUAUUUCAGAUUAUGAGGAAAACAAGGCCCUACCAGCCGAUGAAUGCCUUUCGGUCAAGCCAGCUUCCCAACCUGCCAUUACCCGCUCCUCAACUUCAGCUACCUCUAAUCGGACAUACAAGCCAAAGAAGACCAGCCAGCCACCGGUUUCCAUCACAUCGCACAUCUCCAGUUCAUCGACUAAAUCGACCAACAAUGCGUCUGAAGAUUCUUCAGCUUCUCAAAACCAAAAUCAGAUUUCCAAGAUAAUCGAUCCCGCGAAUACCCCAGAUCCCACUGACCAAACCCAAGAAACUGUUCCUCCUCCUGAAGACCAAUCUGAAGCACCUUCCACAGCUUCAAAGGAUCCCACCUCUCGUCCAAAAAGGAGAAAGCAUGUCACUUCGACCCGUGCCCUUUCUAAGGGAAAUCCUGCUUCUUCUGAACCGCCAACUACCGAUAAAUCCCACUCACCCCCACCCAAGCGAGCUCGUUCCUCAUCCCUCAGUACCAUCACCACCUCCUCUGAAGAUACCAGUGAGUCUGAGGAACAGGAGAAAGAGCCAGAGAAGACAAAAGACCCCGAGUCAAAUGAAGUUCAUCAUCCCGACGAACCACCCCCACAAACCCCCUCCACACCCAACCCAGGACCUGAAUCCCCAAACACCUCGCCAAACAUCCCCGAAAUAAUCACCCUAGAAAACUUUACUCUUAUUCCAGGUGAUUCUCUUCGUUCAGAAUUGAAGGAGUUGGCAGAAUGGUCCAGAAAGUUUCGGUUGACCUCACCAGAGAUUUCCAAGAUUCCCACUGCCUCAUUCGUCUAUAAUAAUGCACAAUUCAAUCACGAGAGUUGGAUCAAAGAAAUUUGUGAAUCGAGUAAUUCUAUGCUUUCCUUCUCAGAAUCCGAACCAUGGUAUAGUCCAGAUGUCCUCGACUUGGAGCUAUUGAAGAAGCAAAUCCAAUCAGCCAACCCGAUUCUCCCACUCAAUUCAAAAGCCAGUCACCCAGAGUCCAACAUUUUUCGAGCUCUUGUAUCCUUAAUCAACACACCCAACCCUCGGCUUAUCCGUGAAUGGGCCAAGAGUGUUGCCCUGUCAAUACAACAUAUAUCCGAUGAAAAUCCCCAGGCGCCUAGAAUCGAAAGUAAACCAAACUCCAUGGAACGACAUCUUAUUGUAUUGACCUGGCUUAACACGAUGAAGAACACCAUGCCCAACCUUCCACGACUUACGGAGGGAGAUGAUACUGAUGGACAAAGUACGAAUCAACAACUCAACACCUGCGCUCCAUUAUCCACCGAUGAUGCAUUGGACGACCUUAGAAAGAUGAUAAUUGAUCUGAUGAUGUCAUAUACUAUCAUCCAAGCACACAUUGACGAGCAGUUCAACCCACGGAAAAAGAAUAAGUCCCGAAAAACUUCCUCAGAUACAACAACAGUUCAAAAAUCAGAUCAACAUAGUAGUCUAUCAAAAAUCGAAAGUAAACAUAAUUAUUUCCCAUUUGUUUACUACCUCCUUGGAGGUGUCCGUGGACUCUUCAAUGCCACUCGAGACCACAGACAAUAUACUAUAAGCGACUGUCUUGAAAUUAUCUGUUUGUUCCAUGAGAUAUACAAGGUAUCAAAUACUGGUUCUUCUGCCUCCGAGAAAAUAUGGUUUAACCUUGGUACAUACAUCCGUAAAAUCCUGUCUUCUGUUCAAGAUUUCUCUCACGAUGUUUCCAAAUUUAUCUGUCCAACCCGCCAUAUGUUAGCCACAUGUAUUGCUCAUGAUUAUAUCAACUAUACAACAGGAGAAUCCACUUCCUUUAAUAUUCCCAGUUGUAAUACCCUCCCCACUAAAUAG